AUGGCGUGGCGACUGACGACGCGAAACCUCCUGCUGUUGCUCAUCGCCGCCGGCCUGCUCGUCUCCUUCUUGGUCGUCGGCCCCAGCUCGGAGAGUGCGGCGGCGGCGGCGGCGCUCCGGCAGCCGCGAUGCAAGCCGCUCGACAACAUUUUCUUCCUCAAGACGCACAAAUGCGGCAGCUCCACGGUGCAGAACAUUCUGAUGCGCCGCGGACUCGGCCUCGGCCUCAACUUCGUCCUCCCUGAAACCUAUAACUACCUGGGCCACCCUGAGCCGUUCCAAAUUGGGCAAAUAGACCCGAAGGUGAUGGACGCGUACGGCUCAUUCAACAUUUUCGCCCACCACUCGCGGUUCAACGCCCCGGCGGUUCACCAGGUGAUGCCGGACGACACGAGGUUCGUGAGCAUCGUGCGGGAGCCGUGGGCGCUGUUCGAGUCGCUCUUCAACUACUACAACGUGCAGGAGCACCUUUUCCAAAAUCAGUUCACCCUGAAAUCGCUGCUGGCACUUCCUCUCGACGAGAUCGACCAGAUGUUCAUGGGCCCCAGACUCGGUUUGCGCAUCGGACUCAACCAGAUGGCUUUCGAUUUUGGCUUCAGCAGCAGGAAUUUCAAGGACGAAUCCAAAAUCAACGAGCUUUUACGAAUGAUCGACGCCGAGUUCGACCUGGUGAUGGUGGCCGAGUACAUGGAGGUGUCGCUAGUGCUGCUGGCCGACCUGAUGUGCUGGCCCCUCGAGCAGGUCACCUUCCAGACCCUGAACGCCCGGCCGGCCAAGUCGAUGUACCGCACCAGUCUCUCGGGCGAGGAGAAAAAGAAACUCAUGGCGCUGAACAACGUCGACCAACGCAUCUACGACCACUUCAGGAAGAGGCUUAAGGAGAAGGUGCUUGAGUUCGGCGUGGAGCGGAUGAUGGCGGAGGCGACGCGGCUGGCUACCCUGAACGUGGCGCUGCUGAACGAGUGCGUCGAGGUGACGGUUGCCCCCGGGAACAACACUGAAAAUAUGCAUUACUACCCUGUGAACAGGUAUCUACUACACGACGACGCGCCGCAGCACUGCCGUCUGAUGGUGCUGUCCGAGCUCAAGUUCACCGACAUGUUGCGUGACCUGCAGCGCAAAAGGUUCGCUCUCAGGGCCGACCUGGACCUGCUGCUGCACACCUGAAAGUUCUGAUUGCGCUCGAAAUAGUUAAUUUAUUUUUAAAUAGUGAUUAAUCCUUAGCAAAUCAACCAAUGACUUGUCAACAGGUUUACCCUGGUCUCAGGUACAGGGUGAGGAGAUGAAUUAUUAAAUUCAUCUUUUCAUAAAAUUUGUUAAGCCUUGACCUGACAGUAUAUUAUACAAUUUUUCUGAUUCUUGCAGUGGUUGAUUUUUAAGUUUUUUUUUUUAAAUAUUUUCCGCUGUUCAAUUCAGUUUGUCAAUUUGUGCAUCCAAAAAGAGAUUUUCAUGCGUAAUGUAUGAUUAUUAGCAUAAAAGUGAAACUGUUGUCGCAUUUUCUCGCGGAAGCACCGCCGCAACUCGUGUGAUAGCCGCAUUAAUUUACACCAAAACGUCAAGCUCAUCUUUAAUUCACCGCAGCUUUCAAGCCUUUCCUUUU